UCUGAGUAACAUGGCCGCUGCCCCAUGAGCCCGGCAGGUGCUGGCCGGGAGUGGGUCUCGUGAGCUGUUUGGCGGCCAGGGGCAGGGGUACGGAGACGGGAUCCAGGCCCGGGUUCCGAGGCGGCGCGCGGCGGCGGAGCGAGACAGGCGGCCCGGGGCGGCGUGGUCCAUGAGCCGGCGCCGGAGGCAGCGCGGAGCCGCAGACUCCCCUAGCCCCGGCGCGGCCCGGGCUGCCGCGGGCUGAGGAGUCGCGGGGCUCCGGGGAACGCCCCGAGCUGCCACCAUGAACCCCGAGAAGGAUUUCGCGCCGCUCACGCCCAACAUCGUGCGCGCCCUCAAUGACAAGCUCUACGAAAAGCGGAAGGUGGCAGCACUGGAGAUCGAGAAGCUGGUCCGGGAGUUCGUGGCCCAGAACAACACCGUGCAGAUCAAGCAUGUGAUCCAGACGCUGUCUCAGGAGUUUGCCCUGUCCCAGCACCCGCACAGCCGGAAAGGGGGCCUCAUCGGCCUGGCUGCCUGCUCCAUCGCGCUGGGCAAGGACUCGGGGCUCUACCUGAAGGAGUUGAUUGAGCCAGUGCUGACCUGCUUCAAUGAUGCCGACAGCAGGCUGCGCUACUACGCGUGUGAGGCCCUCUACAACAUCGUCAAGGUGGCCCGAGGCGCUGUGCUGCCCCACUUCAACGUGCUCUUUGACGGGCUGAGCAAGUUGGCUGCUGACCCAGACCCCAAUGUGAAGAGCGGCUCUGAGCUCCUAGACCGCCUCUUAAAGGACAUCGUGACGGAGAGCAACAAGUUCGACCUGGUGGGCUUCAUCCCCUUGUUGCGGGAGAGGAUUUAUUCCAACAACCAGUACGCCCGGCAGUUCAUCAUCUCCUGGAUCCUGGUUCUGGAGUCCGUGCCAGACAUUAACCUGCUGGAUUAUUUGCCGGAGAUCCUGGAUGGACUCUUCCAGAUCCUGGGCGACAACGGCAAAGAGAUUCGGAAAAUGUGUGAGGUGGUCCUUGGAGAAUUCUUGAAGGAAAUUAAAAAGAACCCUUCCAGUGUUAAGUUUGCUGAGAUGGCCAACAUCCUGGUGAUCCACUGCCAGACCACGGACGACCUGAUCCAGCUGACAGCCAUGUGCUGGAUGCGGGAGUUCAUCCAGCUGGCCGGCCGGGUGAUGCUGCCCUACUCCUCUGGGAUCCUGACCGCUGUCUUGCCCUGCCUGGCCUACGAUGACCGCAAGAAGAGCAUCAAGGAGGUGGCCAACGUGUGCAACCAGAGCCUGAUGAAGCUGGUCACCCCCGAGGACGACGAGCCCGACGAGCCCAAGCCAGUGGUUCAGAAGCAGGCAGAACCUAACCCUGAUGACUCGUUGGCAAAGCCGGAGGGAGCAGCCAGUGGAGGGCCCGAUGGUGCUUGUGACUCCAGCUUCAGUAGCAGCAUCAGUGUCUUCACUCCGGCCAGCACUGAGAGGGCCCCCGUCACCCUCCACCUCGACGGGAUUGUGCAGGUUCUGAGCUGCCACCUCAGCAACAUGGCCAUCGGGAUGAUGACCAGGAUCGCUGUCCUCAAGUGGCUCUACCACCUCUACAUCAAGACCCCCCGGAAGAUGUUCCGGCACACAGACAGCCUCUUCCCUACCCUACUCCAGACGUUAUCAGAUGAAUCCGAUGAGGUUAUUCUGAAGGAUCUGGAGGUAUUGGCAGAAAUUGCUUCCUCCCCCGCAGGCCAGAUGGAUGACCCAGGCCCCCUCGAUGGCCCUGACCUCCGGGUCAGCCACUCAGAGCUCCAGGUGCCCACCCCUGGCAGAGCUGGCCUACUGAAGACUCCUGGUACCAAAGGCUUGGAGUGUUCUCCUUCGACUCCGACCAUGAACUCCUACUUUUACAAGUUCAUGAUCAACCUUCUCAAGAGGUUCAGCAGCGAACGGAAGCUUCUGGAGGUCAGAGGCGGCUUCAUCAUCAGGCAGCUCUGCCUCCUGCUGAACGCGGAGAACAUCUUCCACUCGAUGGCGGACAUCCUGCUCCGGGAGGAGGACCUCAAGUUCGCCUCGACCAUGGUCCACACCCUCAACACCAUCCUGCUGACCUCCACUGAGCUCUUCCAGCUGCGAAACCAGCUGAAGGACCUGAAGACCCCGGAGAGCCAGAACCUGUUCUGCUGCCUGUACCGCUCCUGGUGCCACAACCCAGUCACCACGGUGUCCCUCUGCUUCCUCACCCAGAACUACCGGCACGCCUACGACCUCAUCCAGAAGUUCGGGGACCUGGAGGUCACUGUGGAUUUCCUCACGGAGGUAGACAAGCUGGUGCAGCUGAUUGAGUGCCCCAUCUUCACAUAUCUGCGCCUGCAGCUGCUGGAUGUGAAGAACAACCCGUACCUGAUCAAGGCCCUGUACGGCCUGCUCAUGCUGCUGCCCCAGAGCAGCGCCUUCCAGCUGCUCUCCCACCGGCUCCAGUGCGUGCCCAACCCCGAGCUGCUGCAGACGGGAGACGGUGUGAAGGCAGCCCCCAAGUCACAGAAAGCAGACUCCCCGAGCAUCGACUACGCUGAGCUGCUGCAGCACUUUGAAAGGGUCCAGAAGAAGCACCUGGAAGUGAGGCACCAGCGGAGUGGGCGUGGGGAUCACCUGGACCGGAGGGUUGUCCUCUGAUAGGCCUGGCCUGGGGAAGGGCCCAAGGAGUGGUCCCAUGGAGCACUUGGGGUCUUCAGGCCCCCUCCCCACAGAGCCCGAGGACCUGCCUCAGGGGCAGGGCUGGGCCUGGCCACCAGCGCAGGGCAGGGUAGGGGACUGGAAGCUCUGUCCAUCCAAGCUCCUCUCACAGGCCCUCCAGCGCAGUCAGCUGCACUCUGGCAUUCAGACAGAGCUGGCUUCCUGCCAGGGUGAGGCCGCAGCCUCAGACGCCCCCAUUUUCUGGAAUCGGGUUCUUUCUAAUGCCCUCUUGUAAAAGAGCUUGACCUCCCCAGCGCACCAGAGCUCUGGCCUCCUGUGGAUGUGUGUGUACAUAUGUGUAUACACAUCUGUGCACAUAGGGACCAGCACAGAGGUCCAUAUGAAUGGCGCACCCUCUGUCCCAAUAAAGAAACGCAACCCGUGCCUGGCCUGCUCCUUCCCA